ACUUGAGCGCACCCGUGAAUGUAGUAAUGUGCGGGACAUUGGCUGAAGGAGUUGCAAGUGCGAAUUCCCUGUAUAACUUUUAUAGUUGAUGCCGUGAAGAAAAUGUUCCACGCGCUCCAGUAGAUUUCAUCUGCGUGUUUUGUGGACGAUUUUUAAAGUGGUUUAGUGGAUCUUCUUAUCCGGGUAUACUUCUACUAGAAGUUGGAGUGUGGUGCAGAAGAAUCUCUAAACUAAAAAGAGUGUAAAGUACCCAAGAUUGGAGAGAAAAUGACUUCAGCAGCUGGGGAGGGAAAUGUGCCUAAAAAAGUGCCUUCAGUUGGAGAGGGACCAACACACAUAAAACGUGCGUCAACAGAAAAAUUGAGAGAAGUCUUCCUUAGAUAUGCAUCUCACAAAAAGGAUGGAAAAUCCUAUAUGACCGGUGAUGAUUUCGUUCGUGGAUUUUUGGGUCUAUUUCCGGAGACAGCAUUCAAUGAGGAUUCGGUGAAACUUUUGGCGGGCAUUGCAGACACAAGCAAAGAUGGACUCAUCUCAUUUGCGGAAUUUCAAGCCUUUGAGGGUCUCCUCUGUACACCAGAUGCUUUAUAUAAAACAGCCUUUCAGUUGUUCGAUACACAAGGCAAUGGCACAGUUGCAUAUGCUGAUUUCGUAAAUGUUAUACAGAAAACUACGCUUUAUGCAAAACUUCCCCUGAAGCUUGAUGGUUCAUUUAUGGAGCGUUACUUUGGCAAAACGAAACAAAGGGCUAUAAACUAUGCAGAAUUCAGUCAGUUUCUUCAUGAUUUCCAUGAAGAGUACGCCAUGGAGGCAUUUCAUAGCAAAGAUCCAAGUGGAUCAGGAUAUAUUUCCACAUUGGACUUUAAAGAUAUUAUGGUGAAGGUGAAGAAGCACCUUCUGACGCCCGAAGUGAAAGACAACAUUGUUGCUAUUACAGAAGGCAAGAAAGUGAGUUAUCCAUAUUUUAUGGCAUUCAACUCACUGCUGAAUAAUAUGGAGUUGAUCAAACGAAUCUACCUCAAUGCAACAAACGGCAAUCGACUACAGCCCAUAACAAAAGAUGAACUCCUACAUUCUGCACAAAUGAUGAGCCAAAUAACUCCACUUGAGAUCGAUAUACUCUUCCAAAUGGCCGGCGUUAUACAUCAAACCGGACGAAUAGUGUACAGCGAUUUAAGCAAUAUUGCACCAGAGCAUUAUGCUAAACAUAUGACACAUCGUUUGGCUGAAAUAAAAGCCGUAUCGAGUCCUGAUGAUCGUGGUUUUCUUAUUCAAAUACUCGAAAGUGCUUAUCGGUUUACACUGGGAUCAAUUGCUGGAGCUGCUGGUGCCACAGCGGUCUAUCCAAUUGAUUUGGUGAAGACACGAAUGCAGAAUCAACGAACGGGUUCAUUUAUUGGGGAAGUGGCAUAUCGAAAUUCCUGGGAUUGCUUCAAGAAGGUUGUCCGGCAUGAGGGUGUUUUGGGUUUGUAUCGUGGCCUGGUGCCACAAUUGGUUGGUGUUGCACCCGAAAAGGCCAUCAAACUCACUGUUAAUGACCUUGUCAGAGAUAAAAUUGGGGACAAGGGAGUUGUCCCGUUGUAUGGAGAGAUACUGGCUGGAGCCUGUGCUGGCGGAAGUCAAGUUAUCUUCACCAAUCCUCUGGAAAUCGUGAAAAUUCGUCUUCAAGUGGCCGGUGAGAUUGCUAGUGGAGCUAAAGUUCGUGCCUGGAGCGUGGUGAAGGAUUUGGGGCUGUUUGGACUGUACAAAGGGGCUCGAGCGUGUUUCCUGCGCGAUGUACCCUUCUCUGCCAUCUACUUCCCCAUGUAUGCUCACACUAAGUCCCUGUUUGCAGAUGAAGAUGGAUAUAACAGCCCUAUCUCAUUGCUCGUUGCUGGUGCCAUUGCUGGUAUUCCGGCAGCAUCGCUCGUGACACCGGCUGAUGUCAUUAAGACACGACUGCAGGUUGUUGCCCGAACGGGUCAGACAACGUACACGGGCGUCCUGGAUGCUACACGGAAGAUAAUGCGGGAGGAAGGGCCUCGGGCAUUUUGGAAGGGUACAGCAGCUCGUGUAUGUCGAUCAUCGCCACAAUUUGGUGUGACGCUGGUGACUUAUGAACUGCUGCAGCGUCUGUUUGUUGUGGACUUUGGUGGAAAUAGGCCAACGGGUUCGGAUGUGAAAAAGGUGAAAACUGUGGAACCGACUGUGUUCAAACAGAAUCCCGAUCACAUUGGUGGCUAUCAGGCUGCUGUGCCAAUUGUCAAUGGGAUUGAAACGAAGUUUGGACUAUCCCUGCCACGAUUUGCCUCUAGCAUCCAAUCGCCCCCGAAGACGUGAUGAAGGUAAAAAAAAAAGAAACACAAAAUGCGCUUUGGAGUCUCUUGGUUGAGGUACAGGUUUAUAUUUUUUUGAAAACAAAACAACAACAAAAAUUACUGUUUUUAAAUAAAAGUGUCUUCAGUGUGUCUUAAGCACCGAACAAAAGAAAUCGUAAGGAAAAAAAAGAGUUCCACAAUUAAAUUGGGGAUGAAAAUGUUAAAGAAUUUUUUUUCUUAUGUUUUAAAAAAAAAUUGCUGCAAAGUGGCAAAAACAGAGAGCAAAUAUUUUUUCUACAAAAAUCUUGUUGCGAAUGUUGAGAGAAAGAUGAAAAUUAAUGCAUUUAGGAUUGAAAACAUAAUUUUCUUUCUAUCUUCCGUAAAAAUUUUUUCAAUGUUAUUCUUGGAGCUCAAUCGACACGCUUUGUUUAUUAACAAUUCCUCCAUACACAUUAUUAAAUAUGGAAUUUGUGAUCACAACUUUGAGCAAUGUAGCGAUGAGAAAAAAAAAGUGUAAAAAGAAA